AUGGCUGCUGCAAUAUUGAGCUCUCACCACCUUCUCUUCGUCUCUGUUUGCAUCAUCAUUUGCCUCUGCUACUCGCUGGGCCUUGCAACCGCUCUCUCCUUCAGCUUCAACUUCUCCAACCCCGGCUCUGACGACCUUUGCGACACGGAGCUCAAGUGCGAACGUGACACGCGCAUGGGCUCUGGUGCCAUCGAGCUAACCAAGAACGAGACUCAAGUCAACGUCUUCAGCGUCGGCCGGGCAUCGUACGUCCGCCCCUUGCCGCUCUGGGACGACGCCACCGGCGAGGUGGCCAGCUUCUCUUCCAACUUCACGUUCCAGAUCAGACCCCAAAACACAUCGGACGACCAUUUUGGUCUAUGUAACCCCAACUUCACUACCGACUCUAGUGCUGACGGUAUGUCUUUUUUCUUGGCGCACUACCCAUCGAUGCUCCCUCCCAAUAGCUGGGGUCCGAAUUUCGCACUCUUCAAUGACAGCAUCCACUUCAACGCCACCGGCGAUGACCGGAUUGUCGCGCUGGAGUUCGACACCUACCACAACAGCUGGGACCCCAGCGACAACCACAUGGGCAUAGACAUCAACUCCAUCAACUCCACAACCUACACAAAUGUGACCAAGCGUCUGGUCUCCUACAACGCCAUCAUGACCGCCCAGAUCAGCUACGAUAACGGAACGGGUGUUCUGGCCGCCCACCUCCAGAUUGAGGGCGACGAGACGCUCUACACCGUAUUUACGCCCGUAAAUAUGAAAAGAGAACUGCCCCAGCAAGUUGCAAUAGGCUUCUCCGCUGCAACUGGUACCUGUGCCGAGCUGCAUCAAGUGUCAUCUUGGUCAUUUAGCUCCACGCUAGAUGAUGCCACGGUUGCUAACAAUACCAUUCCACGGCGACGUCGACGUCGACCACUGCUGCCUGUGCUGGUGCCUUCUGCAGUAGCAGCUUUUCUUGUGUUGCUCUGCAGCGCCAUUGCUGCUGCCCUCAUAGUCCGUCAGCGACGCAAACGUAAGCAAGCUGAGUUCGAGAAAGGGGUAGGCCCUAGACGGUACCGCUACAAAGAGCUCGCGGUCGCCACCAAGGAUUUCUCGCAGGAGGGGAAGCUCGGGCGAGGUGGCUUCGGCAACGUCUACCAGGGCACCGGUCUUAGCGACCAAGACAGCCCCGUGGCCAUCAAAAUGUUGUCUCCGGAAUCUUUUGCGCAGGGGAGGAGAGAGUUCGAGUCAGAGGUGAAGAUCAUCAGCCGGGUGAGGCACCGGAACCUUGUGCACUUGCUAGGCUGGUCCGACAGCAAAAGAGGGCUCCUGCUCGUCUACGAACUUUUGCCGGAAGGCAGCCUCGACAAGCACAUAUACAACCCCAAUCGUCUGCUCACUUGGUCAGAAAGAUACAGAAUUAUCCUUGGGCUGGGAUCUGCCCUACGCUACCUCCACACAGAGUGCGAUCAAUGCGUACUGCAUUGUGACAUCAAACCCAGCAACAUACUCCUCGACUCAUCACGUGGCACCAAGCUGGCGGAUUUCGGGCUGGCGAGGCUCCUGGAUCAUGGAGUCGGGCCCCAUACGACGAAUAUCGUCAAGGGCACCGAAUGGUACACAGACCCGGAGUUAAUUCGCUCACGCCGACCGAGCACCGAAGCGGACGUCUAUAGUUUCGGCAUCGUUCUGUUGGAGGUCGUGUCCGGUCAACCCCCAGGAAUGGGGAGGGAACACCGGGUUGACGAAGUCAGCCCGCUGCUCAUGUGGAUCUGGGACCUGUACGAGAAGGGCACCAUCCUUGAAGCGGUGGAUAGAAGGCUGCAAUGGGAUAACCAGCGGCUCGACCAUGACUGUAAACAACAGAUGCAUCGCGCGUUGGUCGUCGGGCUUUGGUGCACGCACCCACGCCUGGACACGCGACCGUCCAUCAAGCAGCUCAUGAACGUCUUGCACUCUGAGGAUGUUAUGCUGCCGACCCUGUCAUGGUCGCUGUCCGAUGUUUCCCUUGGAUCACAUGCACACAAUGCAUCGUCAUCAGCCAAUUGA